CGCUCUCGUCCCUCGCACUCUUACGCUCUCACACUACUCUGUGCGUCUCCUCUCUACAAAAGCUCGCAGAUAGGGGCUUUCCCGCGCGCUCACAGACUGCCUCUAGAACUUACCCAGAGCGGACAUGUCGGCGACAGAGACGAACUCGCUGCAGCUGUCGGACUACCAGCUCCGGACUCUGGAGGAGAACUUCACUAAAGUGAGCAAACACCCGGACGAAGCGACGCUGAUGCUGAUCGCCGCGGAGUGCGGGCUGUCCCAGGAGGAGACGCAGAAAUGGUUCCAGCUGCGUAACGCCAAGUGGAGGCAGGCAGAGGGGCUUCCUCCCCAACUUGGCUCAGUCCUGGACUGAUCCCAGGACAUCCAGGACCUUCAGUAUCCACCAGGACCUCAAGACCCUCCAGACCCUCCAGGGCUUCCAUGCCCUCAAGACCUCCAGGACCUCCAGACCUUCCAGGGCCUCCAGGAUCCAGACCUUUUGCCUCUCUGCAGGCCCAUCUCCAGUGCAUCAUCUCUGGUCUUGUACAGACUUUUAUUAUAUGUUAGUGUCCUUGAAGAUUGAAGAUGUAAAAAUGUGAAGAUGUUUGUGUAUUUUUGUCAUGGGGAUAAAUAGUUUACAUAAUAAAAG